CUGGAGACUUCUCUGGUGUUACUAGCCUGUUUUGGAUUCGAGGGAAAGCCUGGAGAACGAGCAAGAGGAGGAAGAAUGCAGAUCUGGAAAAAAGCAGGUGCCUGAUAAUUGCACAAGUGUCGUCCGUUUCCCCGAAGACCCCUGAGAGCUCGGGGGGGCUUCGAGGGGUCUCCAGCCUCUGCCCCCUCCCUGCAGCUUGGCCACAUCUUACAGCCCCGCUGAGCCAGGCACUGCCUUGUCGCGAAGUGUCUGUCCCUGUCCACAGUGAGGAUCGGGGACAGAAGGGAGAGCAGGGGUCCCUUGGCUUUCGGGGUACCCGGUCCUGGUCCCCAGAGCCUGCGGGGGCUCGCACGAUCCCCUGCCCUUCCCCUCCCCCUGCGCUGCAGAGCCUAUGGAUGCUGCCGUACUCCUGCCAUGUGCUGCCGCCGCCGCUACUGCUGCUCGUAGCCUAGUCGAGCGUGUCUCCGGCUGCAAACUCCGCCAAACAAGCCUGCAUUCCCCUCUCGGGAAGGAUACCUUGAAGCGAUGAAAUUUCCAAUUGAGACUCCAAGAAAACAGGUGAACUGGGAUCCUCAAGUGACUUUUCCCCCAUCAGUGAGACCUUGUGAGCCUGAGCCCAAAACUAAAGGGCAUUGUCCAUCUCCACAAUUCUCCACUUGCUCCCGAGCCCGUGUUGUUGCUGCCAUGGAAGGCCCUUGUCAAGGCCGGCAUAAGGUCAUGGAUUGGAGAGCAGUGGUGGCCAUCUUUUUCGUGGUGGUAAUUUACCUGGUGGCGGGAGGACUCGUCUUCCGUGCCCUGGAGCAGCCCUUUGAAAGCAGGCAGAAGCACUCAAUCGCGUUAGAGAAGGCUGACUUUCUUCGGGAGCACAUUUGUGUAACUGAGCUGGAGCUGGAGACACUGAUUCAGCAUGCUCUUGAUGCUGAUAACGCAGGAGUCAGCCCCAUAGGAAAUUUUACUAGCAACAGCAGUCAUUGGGACCUUGGAGGUGCCUUUUUCUUUGCUGGAACAGUCAUCACAACUAUAGGGUAUGGGAAGAUGGCCCCAAGCACUGUUGGUGGCAAGGUUUUCUGCAUCUUGUAUGCCCUAUUUGGGAUUCCACUGUUUGGCUUCUUGCUGGCUGGGAUUGGAGACCAACUUGGAACCAUCUUUGGGAAGAGUAUUGCAAGGGUGGAAAAGGUUUUCAGAUUUCCUACAGAUGCAGGAAGUCAGCCUGGGCACAAUGUGUUUCUGAGAGCACUCCAGGAUUUUCUGGCUUCUGAGAAUAAACAAGUGAGUCAAACAAAGAUCCGGGUGAUCUCCACCAUCGCCUUCAUCCUUGCAGGCUGCAUUGUCUUUGUGACCAUUCCUGCAUUUAUCUUCAAAUACAUCGAGGGAUGGACAGCCUUGGAGUCCAUUUACUUUGUAGUAGUUACUCUGACCACUGUUGGCUUCGGUGACUUUGUAGCAGGAGGAAAUACUGACAUCAAAUACAUGGAGUGGUAUAAACCCUUAGUGUGGUUCUGGAUCCUUGUUGGCCUUGCCUAUUUUGCUGCUGUCCUGAGUAUGAUUGGAGACUGGUUUAGAGUCCUGUCCAAGAAGACACAAGAAGAGGUUGGAGAAAUAAAAGCCCAUGCAGCAGAGUGGAAAGCAAACGUGACAGCUGAGUUCAGAGAGACACGAAGGCGGCUCAGCGUGGAGAUCCAUGACAAACUUCAACGGGCAGCCACCAUCCGGAGCAUGGAGCGCAGGCGCCUGGGCCUGGACCAGCGAGCCCACUCCUUAGACAUGCUCUCUCCAGAGAAACGCUCUGUCUUUGCUACCUUGGAAACAGGACGCUUCAAGGCCUCCUCUCAGGAAAGCAUCAACAACAGGCCUAACAACCUGCGCCUUAAAGCGUCAGAUAAGCUCAACAAGCACGGGCAGGGGGCAUCCGAGGACAACAUCAUUAACAAAUUUGGAUCGUCUGCUAAGAUGACCAAAAGGAAAAACAAAGAUCUCAAAAAGACCAUGCCUGAGGAUAUGCAUAAAAUUUAUGAGACCUUCAGAAACUAUUCCUUGGAUGAAGAAAAAAAGGAAGAGGAGACAGAGAAGAUGUGCAAUUCCAAGAAGAUUUCUAGCACUUCAGUUCUGACCAAUUGCAUCCAGCAGCACUCAGACCUGGAAAAUGGAGUGAUUCCCAAUGAAGCCAAAGAAAGGGAGCAUAAAAAUAAAGUGUUACUUUAAGAAGUUAAAUGUAAAAGAUACUUGACUUGAAUUAACAAUGUUGGUGUUUUUAUAUACAUAUAUAUUGAGACACGUGCCUUAUGCAGACUCCUUAUUCAGUCUGAAUUAUAUAGCAUCGAAGAAUAUUUCACUGUGCCAUAAAGACUCCAGCUUGCUCUGCCAAAACAAAUCAGGAACACAGCACUGCAGAUUGGCAACAGAAAGCUACGCACAUGGAAAUUUCAGCCUGUAUAAGAUUACCAGGGCAAGACACAAAGGAAGGGAUUGAACCAUGGCAGUAUCACCAGAGGGCUCCUACCAUGGUGUGAUAUUAGACAAAGGGCAGCUAUGCAAGAAGGGCCUAUGAAAGGGAUGAAAAACAGUGAAUCUUUGUAAUGGAGUAUGCAUCCAUAAAGCCUUCCCCUGGUGAUUAAAAAGAGGAGAAAUGAUUGGAGUGAACUAGAAACUUUCAGUGAGGCUUAGUUUACGUUUUGGCACGUGAUCCAAGCUACAUUUUUUCCCCCUAUAUUUGAGUCAGAUGCAUUAUCUUUCUAAAUGCCAAAAGAAUGUCCAUGGACACAGCUAGCAGCUGGAUGCUGGCUGGAAAAUCAACACAGACAUAAGUAAGGGUUGGAUUUCUCUUUUCAUUAAAAAUGAAAAAAUAAUAAAAAAAAAGAAAAACAAAACAAAACAAAAAAACUCUGUGGGUAUUUAUCUUAAGCAAUGAAAAAAAAACAAAAAAAGAAACAAAUGGAUUUUUUUCUCAUGUAGGAAAAUUCAAUGUAAAGUCACAGCAAGAAGGUAUAUAUGAAGAAAAUACAUCAUAUACUAUGUUGUUUGAAAGAAGAGUAACAUCAAUUCAAUGAUAUUUGGCUAAAAAUACAAAACAGUGGGCCAACUUUUUUUAAAUAAUUUCUCAUUCACCCUUUCUACCACUGAAAAAAAUCCUUCUAUUUUAAUGCUGUAAGACUCUAAGGACAGAAGGGAAGCUAUAGCUUUUGCAUGUCAGCAAACUGCUGUUCUCUAUCUGAAUCUGAAUUUUUAAAAAUAAACAUAAGAGAAUAUAUAUGAUUCAAAUGAGGGCCAGGGCUACCAUAGAAUCUCAGGGCUCUCUGCUUCCUUUUGCUGGGUUUGGUUUAGACAUAAGCUGCUAUCAAUAUCUCAGAAAAAAAAAAAAAAAAGGAAAAAAAGAAAAAAAAAGAAAAAAAAAGAAAAAAAAAGAAAAAAGAAAUUUAGGAAAAAAUAUUGUGCUAAUCUUUUAAGUGCUUAUAGCUUUAAGUGCCAUUAAUGCUGUCAUAUUUUGUAACUUUUUAAACAAGUAUUUUGAAUUAUCUGGUUUAUUUCCUUUCAAGUACUAUCUUUGUUGGAAAUUUGCUAUCCCUUUUAUUGAGAAAAACUAAACAUAACCUCUCUGCAUUUUUAGACUAAAGUAAAAUGUAACUAAACUGGGGGGAUUUAAAAAAAAUUCUUUUUUGCUGUCUGGACAUAUGAAUAUGAAAACCAGAAUUGUGUCUAGACUUUGCAGUAAAUUUUCAAAGAAAAUACUGCAAAAUAACCAAUGGGAAUUGCAAAACAUACUAAAUUUUUAUAGUAGGAUCCUGUGGGCUGCUGGGUGGGUCAUUGCAAAUAGAAGAUUUUGCAUGCUGGAAAUGAGAUACAUAUGAUUGUACCAGCAAUGCUUUCCCUGAGCUUUCACAAAAUUCUAAAUAUUCUUGAAAUUCAAACUGUAGGCGUAUAGGUAAGGUAAGCAUGGAUGUUGAUUGCAGAGACUCUUGCAAGCUAGUCAAACAUGCAGACAUCCACAGGUCAUGCAGACAUGGCCUUUUGGAAUUGCAUGCUGAUGUCUACAUACACAAAAAUGCAUGCAUCAUUCCCUGAUACUUUCUGAGAUUUUAUGCACAAUAAGACAACUCAAACUGGCCACCAGAAUUCAAGAUUGCCAUGGCUAUGAAUGGAAGCAUGGCAGUGUGAAUGCAAAUUUUGAAUAUUCAUAUUUGCAUAUAUAAUGACUCUGCUGGAUUUACAGGAGUGAGCCAAAUUCCACUAGUGCAGAGGAAAAAAGAAGUUUUUAGUUUGUUCUGUCUCCUGGUUCACUUCUCUUGAAAUGUCUUAUCAUCUUUCUAAUUUCAUUAUCUGUUUGAAAAUCAAGGAUGAAAAAGUAAUGUCUGAAAAAUUUCAGGUCAUUUGGGAUUGCUCUAACUCAAUAAGAUCCAAGAGAAAUUGAAUUCUGCUUACUUCACCUGUGAAUCUCUUGAGGUGCAGGGCUGCACUCUGGCUUAACCUUACCAGAGGGCAGGGCAGUAAGCCCAGUCCCUGGGGAAGGUUCCACUUAACUCAAGAACUGCCCUGGCUUCUGGAGACUUUUGUACCAGACAGCCCUGUGCUUGGAUUCAAAAACACACAGAUGGUUUGUGACCAUCCUCCUCAUGCCCCACGCAGACACCAGCAAGGUGCAGGUCUCCUCAAGCACUGGAGCUCUUUAGCCUGCCUGCUACUGCUGGUUUUGGGCACACCUUUGAGUGUCACAUAUAAGUAAAUGUUCUGAAGUUUCAUCCAUGAGCAUGACUAAUUCUGUAGUGCCAGGAUGGAUGAAGCACAUCUGGAUGCGCCCAAGGCUGUUCAGAUCUGAUGUUUUAUUGGUAGGAGGUUAGGAGUGAAAGCUACAAUUCAGAUUGGCAUCUGAAUUCCAGAAAAGGUUCAGAAGUGCUGAGACAUACAAUUCAGGUCUGAGAAUUGAAGUAAUUCCUUGUUGCAUCACCCUGUGCUUUGCAUCUAUGAAGGAUCUGGCACCCAAAAGCAUCUUAUCCGACUCUGAAAGCAUGCAAUACAUUCAGUUGUGCAAAUAAUUCUCCUUGGUUACCAAAUGCCAGGAUCGACAUCAUGCAUGCAGUGUUAUCUGUUCUUCAGAAGAGUUCUUCUCACAAGAAAUGCUUGCCUGCAAUAGAAAAGUUCUGCAUAGUGACACAGACAUCUAUAAGGAUAUGGAAGAUGCAUUUUCUGUAUGUGAAAUUUUCUGUAUGUGUAAUAAAGUUUAGCCAUAGCCAGGGCAUUUCUUCUGAUUAGGGUCAGGGAAAGUAAAGUCUGUCUUGUAGGAAUUGUCUAAGUGAGCAGGGAGUUGGACAACAGGCAAAUCACAGAACACAAGUCAACAUGGAGAAGUGAGGCAGCAAAAUUUGUUGGGCAAAUUCAGAACUGUGUGCUCCGAUGAUAGAGAAGGACAAUGACAUCCGGGCAUAGUUUUAAUCCUAUCUUUCUGAGUUCUCAGUCUGUCCCUUGUCCAGAUUUCCAAGUGAUGGCGUGUCUCAUUCUAGUUUCUGUGCAGCCAUUCCAUACAGGAGUCCUUGGCUGACAUUUUAUCAGCUGUUUCUUCAGCAUCCCCUGGUUUGGGAUAUAAUAGUUCAGGGACAAAAGGUAUGCUCAAUAGAGUCUCAGUGAGAUACUGAGCAGAGCAUUUGAUGACCUUUUAUAUGAAAGCAAAAUGCUCUCUUUCACUCGUCUACCUUUCUGUGUCUGUGAAACUUGCCGAGAAAGUUGACUGGCUAUGACAGGAGUAAAUAUUUUCUGCUAGAUGAUUGGCUAUUAAAUACCUCAAUAUACAUAAUAUUUAUUGUAAUAUGGAAGUGCAAAUGGUGUAUUUCCUAGGGUGCCAGACAGAAACAUCUUGACACCUAAAAUGACAUUUUAAUGAGCUAAAUUGCUUUUCCUCUUUUAAAGGGCAUCCUUUGGUUUUAAUUGUCUGCAACAGCUUGAGAGAGAAUCUCAGUUCAAACAUGAAGUGUUUUUAUGGCUAAAAUUCUCAUCCUCUGGCAUUUAGUAGCACCUAUAAAAACUUGUCAUGUUAUUUCUAGUGAGGCCAUUCCACCGUUAUAGAAAAGUUUUAGCAGAAGUAAUAUGAACCAUAUUCAAAACUUCUUUCUCUAAAUUAGGCCCUUUCCAAGCAGCCUGAAAAUAAGAAGUCAAACAGAAGGGUGGGUUAGUGACUUUUACUCUCUGAUCCUGUCCUAAGCGUAACAUGGGAAUUGGGACCUGAAAGAACAAAGGAAACAUGGAUUUUCUGUAGCUGCAGCCCUCACACAUAGAGGAUGACUGAGCUACUGUAUCCUACAGCUUUCAGCUCUGCAGUCCCACUUUCCACUGCCUUGUGCAGAAGAAUUCUGCUAUGCCACUUUGGGAAUCCUUCUAGACCAUUAACCACCAUAAGCAUUGCUCAACUUGUGCAGAUACUGGUUUUCAAAAGAUUUGUAAUUUCAUUACCACUGAAUAGGGAACAUUAUUAUAAUAGUAAAUACAACACAAUAAUCCCCCUCAGUGAUUUAUAUUCAUGAAACCUGAUUUUGAUUGUAGCCAUGAAAUUAUAAAUCACUUGAGCUUCUGCUGCCUGGCUUUAAGAUGUCUCUAGUACCAGUCUGCUUCCUCCAAAGCCAUUAAAGGACUACACCAGAGACUUUCUGAAAUCUCUAACCCAUAAUAAAUGAAAUUAUGUCUGAGUUCAGGUUAUUAAAUCCUUGUCCUUAAAAGCCCUUCCUUUUUCGGAAGUAUUUGUUUUUAUGCUGUACAUGGGCUGUUGGUUUGCCAGCUUUGGUUUUCUCAGGGGUUUAUUUGUGUUUUCAGGUUGCAUGAUGUCUGUUACUUUCACUUUUCCCACUGUCCACUAGAAAUAAAUUACAGGUAAAGACCAAGCGUCUUUUUAUGUUGUGUACUAACCUAGAGCAGGAAGUCUCCUACUAAACAGAUAUGAACUUGAAAUGUGGCUGGGUGAUUGUUUCGGUCCUCCCUGUACAUUUAUUUGUUCUGAGCUAUGUUUUGUCAAAUCUAGGCCAAAAUUUGCCCCUGUAAGUCUGUGCAGUAAAGUGAAGCUCGCUUGUUAUUUUUAAACUUUUUAUAGCAUAGGCCUGCUAUUAUAACUCAUCUCUACUGUGCAAUUUAUAUUUACUGGAAUGGCAUUAUAUCAGUACUAAACACAAAUAAACUCAGCUUCAGAAACAGUUCCCUAGUCAUUUAAAUAUCAAUGAAAACACAAGGCAAAUCAACAGAAAUCAGUGGAACUCAAAUAAAGGCUUGUAGAUCAACGUAUGAAACUGGUUGGCUGCAAUGUAUCAUCAAAAAAAUGUAGAUCUGAAAACUCUUUUGAGUUGCCGAAAUUUUCCCAAGUUCCCUAUCUCCUUUACUAUCAGUAACAGUUACUCUCCUUAAUAGCAUUGCUGAACUGUACUGUAUUUUUUCCUCCUGCCACUGCAGGUCCAGUUCAUAGCAUUGUUAGUCUCUGUUGACUUGUGCUGUUGAAAUCACCGAGGAAGCAGCUGCAAAAGCUAAUUUGAAGUUGUCCUGAUGUAGCCAGUGCAUAGUCUGUGAGCUGGAUCAUGCUGGGAUGGGAAGGUAACUCUAAAGCCAAGCCUUAGCCACCACAUUGGAGAGUUCUCAGGAACCAGAUGAAAAAUGGCCUCCUGCUAACACCCCUGACAUGACACACAUAACUGGUUCUUGCACACAGAUUUACUGGUGAGACCUCCUUGCUCCAUGCAGGUAGAUGCUCCCUCCUCUCUGCUUACAUAUCUAAGUCUUAUCACUAGGAAAUAAUAGGGCUGCUGCUUUUGGAAGAAAGUGGAUAUUUCUAUAGCAUUUAGCCUUUUGAGGCAAAGAGGAUCUGCUUUCUCUCGCUGAUCUUGAGAGCAAAGUAAAGGCAGGUGAUUCUUGGCAUGUGAGAGAGAAUACUUUUGUUCCCAAAUACAUUCUAUCCCCAAAGUCUUUUUUUUUUUUUUUUCUUUUUUUUGUGAGAGCUGGAUGUUCUCAAGAGGAAAGCUUAUGGUGCCUGUUGUGAGAUGUAAGCCAAACAUAACAGUUUUCAGCCUACCAUUUAGCAGUUUCUCAGAUCCUGGAUUCAUAUAGUAGCUUUAAUUAGAAAAACACAGAGUUUGUGUCUAGAUCAUAUCUUCCCAACAAUUUAAAUGUAUUCAGGGCAGUGUUCAAUGUAGUUUUAGAGUGAUUUUUUCCAAGUUCUAAUAGAACUUGAUCUGGACCUUGGACAGUACUGACAAACCACUAUCAGUCAUUUACAGCUUUGUGAUUAAAAAAGAAGUUUCUUAAAAUUUGGGGAAACAUUUUUUUGGAAUGCUGUUCUACUAUUUUGUCCUGAUCAACUUCAAAUUAUACUAUAAACAAUCAGUAAAACCACUUGCAAGGAUAUUCUAUCUACUUUCUUGUCUCUGUCCCUCUUCCACUCUUUCUGUAAGAUUCAAUGGUGCUUUAGAAAGGCAUUCUCAAAAAAAUGAAAAUUUCAGAAAUGUCAUUACCAGGGUGCAGAGCAGAAUGUGCUUGUACCAACUUGAUAAGGUUUGCUGCUAUUGUCUUUAUUUUAUGAUGUAAUGUUUUAAAAGAUUAAAAAAAAUUGCAACAAAGACCAUCCAGAUGAGAACA